AGUUUUAGGGAUGCGUGCUAUCUUAGGACUAAGGCAUACUGAGGCAACCUUAACGAUUUCAACUCACCCCGGAGCAAGGAUCGAAGUUAUUAUUCACACAAUUUUCUUCAUCAUCGCUUUUCGUAGAUUUAACAACAUCAGUUAUGACGUAUAUUUUAUCAUAAUUCCUUAUAUUAUUUUAAAUGGUUACGCGAUAUAUAAGUCAGUUAAAAACCUCUGUAUUGUACAUCGCAAGAAUGAGAUUACCGAUGAAGCUCAAGAUAUAAAAUACCACCUUGCAACAUUUAAUGAGGAAUAUGAUUUGAAAGUUAUAACUUUUAUAUAUUAUACAUAUAGCGGUCUUAUUUUGGCGACAUUAUGUGCUUCAUCUAGUUUAUGGUUAAAAAGUUACUUGAUUAUGGUCUUAUUUUCUCAGUCUAUUGCGGAUAAAAAGUCGGAGAUCGUCAAGACUUCUAGUCAAAGAGAAAUUGUUUAG